AUAUCGGAAUCUCAUCAUAUCAUCAUCAAAAGUUGCCUUUUUUUUAUGAAGGCAAGAUCUUCUUCAUCCAACUGUUCAACUUUACCCAUCACCAAGAGCCAAAUCAAACCCAUCUAUCUCUUUCUAACCUUGUUUAUGAACUUGAAGGAAUGAAGAUCGAUGAAGCUUUGAUGGGUUGGUUGAAGAUUCCCAUGUUUUUGUGAAGUUUAUUGUUUAAGCUCACCAUUUGACUACAACUAGGUCUGAUUUUGACUGUAUUUGAGUCAGGGGCUGAAUCGAGUUGACUUGGAUCAGAAUGGGCUGUGAGUCUUCAAAACUCACCAGUUGUUGUUGUUUCGAUUCUGAUAUCAAUGGGAGAAAUCAAGAGACAAACAGUAAUGUUGGAAACGAGGAGAGAAGUGAGAUGGAUGGUUUGCCAUCGUUUCGUGAAUACACAAUUGAACAACUUAGGAAUGCAACUUCUGGAUUUGCUGUAGAGAAUAUUGUUUCAGAACAUGGUGAGAAGGCUCCCAAUGUAGUUUACAAGGGAAAAUUGGACAACCAAAUGCGAAUUGCUAUCAAGCGUUUCAACAGGGUUGCUUGGCCCGAUCCACGCCAAUUCUUGGAAGAGGCGAAAGCAGUCGGUCAACUCAGGCACCAGAGAUUGGUUAAUCUUCUUGGGUGUUGUUGUGAAGGCGAAGAGAGAUUACUUGUUGCAGAGUUCAUGCCCAAUGAAACUCUCGCAAAACACUUGUUUCAUUGGGAAACACAGCCCAUGAAGUGGGCAAUGCGAUUGAGGGUAGCUUUAUAUCUUGCACAAGCUCUCGAAUACUGUACCAGCAAAGGACGUGCACUUUAUCACGAUCUUAAUGCUUACAGGAUAGUCUUUGAUGAUGAUGCCAAUCCAAGAUUGUCAUGUUUUGGUCUGAUGAAAAACAGCCGAGAUGGAAAAAGUUACAGCACGAAUUUGGCUUUUACGCCUCCAGAAUAUUUGAGAACAGGAAGAGUAACACCAGAGAGUGUGAUAUAUAGCUUCGGUACACUCUUACUUGACCUUCUCAGCGGGAAGCAUAUUCCUCCAAGCCAUGCCCUUGAUCUCAUCCGGGACAGAAACAUACAAAUGUUGACGGAAUCUUGCCUGGAAGGCCAAUUCUCUAAUGACGAAGGUACUGAAUUGGUUAGAUUAGCUUCAAGAUGUCUGCAAUAUGAGCCAAGAGAGCGACCUAAUCCUAAAUCACUUGUUACUGCUUUGAUUCCUCUUCAAAAGGAGACUCAGGUUCCUUCUCAUGAGUUAAUGGGUAUACCAGCACAUGGUUCAGUAACUUUAACUUUGUCUCCACUUGGCGAAGCUUGCAUGAGAAUGGACUUAACUGCCAUACACGAGAUCGUAGAAAAGCUCGGAUAUAAAGAUGACGAGGGUGCUGCAACCGAGCUUUCGUUCCAGAUGUGGACGAACCAAAUGCAAGAGACUUUGAACUAUAAGAAAAAGGGCGACGGUGCAUUUCGCCACAAAGAUUUCAACACUGCAAUAGAAUGCUACUCACAGUUCAUUGAAGUGGGAACCAUGGUCUCACCUACAGUCUACGCCAGACGAAGCUUAUCAUAUCUCAUGAGCGAUAUGCCACAGGAAGCACUGAACGAUGCAGUCCAAGCGCAAGUAAUUUCCCCCGUUUGGCAUAUCGCGUCGUAUUUGCAAGCUGCAAGCCUCUUUGCUCUGAGAAGGGAGAACGAGGCGCAAAUAGCACUCAAUGAGGGCUCCAUAUUAGAAGAAAAGAGAUAGUUGCUGCUUCAUAUAUGUAUAUCCAUCUUUCAAAAAAGAAAAGUAAAAAAGGAGAAACUUGCAUUAUUCUAACCCACAAAGUCCACCUUUUUAAUCAAGUUUGCUCCAUGUUGAAUCAAUUCUUUCUCUACAUUUUAUUGGAUGUUUUCUUCUCUUUUUUUUUUUGGCUAUUUAUUGCAAUAAUUUGCAGUACAAGUUGGGUUUGUCUUUUUUUUUUUUCUAUGUGAGUGACAAACAGUCAUGUUUGCUUCUUAUUUUUCUUGCAAUUUCUUGUAAUUUAUGUACUAUAUGGGUUUCUUAAUCAUGUGAAAUUGUGAAUUGAUGAU